AUGGCAUCUCAAGUCGCGACUGGCGCUGUCCAGAUGAUCGACUCCAUCAGUUCUCUGGAGAAAUUACUUAACGAGCUCGAUUACCACUCGCAUAAACCCGCAGCUCUGUUCUUGGACGUCCAGACCAUCAAUCCAGGAGAAGACGGGUCAAUCUCAAUCAUCUCCCUCUUUGUUCGACCAAUCAAAAAGGUCUUCUUGAUCGACGUGCUCACCCUAGGUGACGACGCAUUUACGACUACCAGCCUCGCCGACAACUCGCUCAAGCUCCUACUUGAAUCUUCCGCCGCAUCAAAGAUUUUAUUCGACGUCGGAAACGCCUCUGCUGGGCUUUUCAACCAUCACGGGAUCCGCCUGAAUGGAAUCAAAGAUCUCCAGGUCAUGCAACUCGUGACUCAAUAUCUGCGCGCCCAGCAGGCUCAAGCUGCAAGAUUGGAGAGCUGCGUCGAGAAGGAGGCGCACGUUCCUCGAAUGUCUCUCGCGCUGUGGAAGCAGGUGCACAACACUGUGAAUCAACUGCGUGAUCCAGCCAAGGGCGGAAGUGAUGCUGUGUUCAGAGAGCGGCCUCUCAGAAAGACAAUCCUUGAUUAUCAUUUGCAGAAUGUCCUGGCUCUUCCCUGGUUGUGGGUCGCUUACUGCGAGACUCUCUGCAAGCCGAGUGAUGCCUUCUGGCGGAGCAUGGUGUUUCACACGGUCCGGGACAGGAUCAGAGAGUCGACGGAUCCUGCCGGCGCCGGUGGAGCUGGUACCAGGCCUUGGGGCUGGAGUAGGGAGUUCAUUGAGACUAGCAAGCGUGGAUGGAAUGAGGAUAUACUCCUUGAACUCGAGGGAAUUCCUAUGGUGGACCAAUGCUGGCUUGAUCCCAACUUUUUCUGA